AUGGCUCAAAGUAACAAUGUUGGUUUGUCUUCUCAGCCAUAUGAGCGAGAAAUGCAAAUUCAACUACCAGAAAUUCCACAAUCUGGGAUGCCAUCAGGUCAUGACGUGCAUCACUACUUAGAAAGGAAUGAUGAUCAUGAAGGAGCUCAAGUAGUGGACACACAAUCAAUUGGAUUAGCAGAUGAUCGUGGUGUAGCUCGAGUAAUGGACACACAGGCAAUCGAAUCAGCAUAUGAUUCUUAUCUCCAGAGUUUGGUAAUCACUGAAACUGACACUGCUCCUACAUUUUGUCGUGGGCCAGAGCUAGCUAGAGCAGGUGGUGGUGGUAUACCUUCCCUUCAUGUUCGUGAUCCCCUUCCAUCAGCUCGUGGGCCAGAGCUAGCACAAAAUGGAAGGCGAAGGCCUCGUGAAACACUACCUCUCCCUCCUGGUGCUUCUAACACCCUCUACAUAAAGGGACUUCCUUCAGACAGCUCAAGAAGAGAAGUAGCUCAUAUUUUUUGUCAUUUUGUGGGCUACAAAGAAGUCAGACUUGUUAGAAGGGACUCAAAACAUCAUGCCGGAGAUCCUCUUAUCCUUGGCUUUGUGGAUUUCGUAGAUCCAGCGUGUGCAUCUACUGCCUUGAGUGCAUUGCAAGGUUACAAAAUUGAUGAACAUGACCAUGAUUUUGCCUACUUGCGGUUGCAGUUCUCCAAGUUUCCAGGUCCGAGGUUUAGUGGCUCGGGAAGUACUCGUGGGAAGCGAUAA